AUGGCAGCACUCCCAAGAGAUCGAGUUAAGUGUACUAGACCUUUUACAAUAACAGGCGUAGAUUUUGCGGGUCCUAUUUAUAUUCGCAGUGGUUUGAGGCGUGUGGCUGCUAAAAAGGCUUGGAUUGCGAUAUUUGUGUGCUUCUCCAACAAAGGCCAAGAGGAAAAUGUGCUAAGCUGUAGCGACAACAGCACAAACUUUGUUGGCGCUCAAAAGGAGUUAGUCUCAAUGAUGAAGAAAGCCAGUGAUGACUUAGAGAAGGAAGGUAUUGAAUGGCACUUUAACCCGCCCUCUGCUCCUCAUUUUGGUGGUAUAUGGGAGAGUGCUGUAAAGAGUAUGAAACACCACCUGAAGAGAGUAAUAUCUGACUACAAACUCACGAGCACGGAAAUGCGAACACUACUCUGCCAAAUCGAGGCAUGUCUUAAUUCGAGACCGAUGACACCACUAAAUAGUGAUCCUUCCGACUUAGCUGUGUUAACCCCAUCGCACUUCUUGAUUGGAGGUGCUAUGCUAUUGCCAGAGGAACCGGAUAUAACUAAGGAAGAGCCCAAGGGUCUGCGUAGAUGGCAACUUGUACAAAAUUUAAUGCAAACCUUUUGGAAGCGUUGGUCAAAAGAGUAUCUACCACAGAUUCAAAUUCGUGGCAAAUGGACGAGUAAGAGCGCACAGCUAGCAAAAGGCGAUGUUGUAAUUAUAAAGGAUGACUGUAUGCCGCCAACCAGGUGGAAGUUAGGUCUAGUUGUGGAACUACAUCCUGGUUCGGAUGAUGACGUUAUGCAAGACCAGGUCAAGGAGCUUAGGAAAAAGCGUGGUAUUAUUAAGGCGUCCCUUACGCUUAUGAAAAACUUUGUUGAGAGAUUUGAUCCAACAGUUGACGCUAUAUCGCUGUUAGAGUUCCGUCAAGAAGAGUUGCCGCGCUGA